UCAAUAUUAAUUAUUAAGGAAAUCAAACUUCAAACUUUUAGGAAUGGCAAGAAAGCGGACAAUGGGGAAAGAAAGAGACAGAAGAACUGUUGGAGUGAAGUCAAAUGUUGAAACUGAAGUGAGUCCUCAAAAUCUUGGAAAAGUUGGAGAUAUUUGACAAAAAGGUAAUGAAAGUACUUCAAACAGUCAGAUAAAUGAGGAGACAGAGAUCAAUAGAGCAAAUGAUUAUAAGAGGAACUCUCAGAAAGAUCUGAACAGAAAGCAACGUCGAUUAAUGCAAAACAGACGAAGCGCUUCCCGAUUGAGAAUUAAGAACAAAGAGACAUUCAAUAGCUUACUUCAAGACAAGCUUGAAUUAGAGGAGGAGAAUACUAGUCUAAAGGAAAAGGUCUAUGAAUCCCAACAAGUUCUUAUGGAUGCACUUCAGGAGACCAUUCAGAUUAGGAAAAAGAUUGAUGAAGUUCAGAAGAAACAGAAUAAAAUGCUGAUUGAGUACUUUAAUGAGUACCACCAAAAUGGAAUCUUUGGCUCAGAGUUCUUCCAACAACUUGAUAAAAAUUCUUUGAAUUUAAACAACAUUGAAGAAAGGACUAGUACCCCAAUCCAAGCUCACCAACCAGGGUAUGAUCAAUCUGGACUUGGAUCAAACUCUGAAUUAAAGAAUAUGAUUACUUCAGAGAGCUCAAGGAAUCCUUGGGUUCCUUUCUCAGGUUCUUCUCUUAUGAAAAAUCAAGAGUCUAAUUAUAGAAUUAUGCAAAACAGUAUAGAUAAAUUGCAUAGCAAUCAGAUCCAACCUCUUCAAAAUCUGAAUUAUCUUUCAACAGCUCUGAAUGCAUUGGUCAAGGAGAACCCCAAGAAAGAAAAAGCUUCUUUCGUGGGGCCUAAAAACUAAGCUAUUUCCAUAUAAAAGUCAGAUUUUGAAAGGCAGAUGAGAUUUUGACCCAAAUGCUCUAUUAUCUUCAGGAGUCUCAUAUAGACUUGGAGCUCUCUAUGAUCCUACUACCUCAGCCAUUGACACUAGUAAUCUAUAGCUCUCUACUCUUUGAACCUCUGAGCUUCUAUGCACUCUCAGUCUUAGAUGUACGACCUGAGGUAGUCUUCCAACCUCCACUUGCAAAAUCUGACUUAUCCUUCAGAGUCAUAGAAGGAUUAUGCUAAUAAUGCUCAUUUAUAUUUUAUCAAUAUCUGAAUUAUC